GCUCCUUGUUUGUGUUUGGUUGCUUUUGAGAAGAGGAGGAAGAAGAAGAGGAGGAAGAAGGCUCUGCUUCUGGAGGAGGAAGAGGCUGCUACAGCCAGGCGGAAGCCUCCCUGCUCCUUGUUUGUGUUUGGCUGCUUUUGGGAAGGAAGGAAGUCAGUUCCGGGGGGUUCCCAAUGGCCAGGCGGAAGAAGGAGAGGCGCCUCUCCCGCUGCUGAGGGUUUGGGCUCUCCUCGCCGCCCUGCGUGGGCCUGGCUGGGCUCCCACUCGGAAGUACCGCUCUCCCUUCCUGCCUUCCUGCCUUCCUCUUCUCCUGCCCUUCUGGGAAGAGUAUUAUGCCCCUGGGGCGGCCCUAAGCCAUGGCUGCGGGCAGGCUGCUCCUGUACGCGGGGCUGGCGCUGGCCCUGUGCGCCCUGGGCAUGCUGGCCGUGGCGGUCUGCUCGGACCACUGGUACGAAACGGACGCCCGCAAGCACCGCGAGCGCUGCAAGAGCCUCACCACCCGCAGGAACGACCCGGGCUUCAUCUACAACUCCAACAACAACCUCCCGCUCCGGGCCAGCCGGCCCAAGCUGGACCGCUGGGAAGGCAAGCUGCUCCUGGCCCGCAACCGGAGGCAGCUCUUCGCCCUCAGCGCCGUGGACGAGUGCAACCGGCAGUACAACUCCACCAACAUGGGCCUCUGGAGGAAGUGCCACCGCCUCGGCUUUGACCAGGACCUGGAGGAGCUCAUCGCCAAAGGAGCAAUUGAACAGUGUUCGUACAUCAAGUACCACUACUCCUCAGCAACAAUUCCCAAGAAUCUCACCUACAAUAUUACUAAGACCAUCCGUCAGGAUGAAUGGCAUGCCUUGCACCUGCGCAGAAUGACAGCUGGUUUCAUGGGCAUGGCCGUAGCCAUCAUCCUCUUUGGGUGGAUUAUCGGGGUGCUGGGCUGCUGCUGGGAUCGAGGCCUUAUGCAGUAUGUGGCAGGACUUCUCUUCCUAAUGGGAGGAACCUUCUGCAUCAUUUCACUGUGCACAUGUGUGGCUGGAAUCAACUUUGAGCUUUCCCGAUACCCACGGUACCUGUACGGACUUCCCGACGACAUCAGCCAUGGCUAUGGCUGGUCAAUGUUUUGUGCCUGGGGGGGCCUUGGUCUCACGUUGAUCUCCGGCUUUUUCUGCACCUUGGCUCCCUCUGUACAACCUGUCCCCAGGACCAACUAUCCUAAAUCCAGACCUGAGAAUGGGACAGUAUGCUAAAACAAACCCAAAAAAACCUAUAAAUAUACAUAUUAUAAAUAUUAUAUAUAUAUAAAUAUAUAUACAUAAACAUAUAUUAUAUAUAGAUCUCAAACGGAUGCCAGUGCCAAGGUAGAGUGGAGUCUAAUAUGGCGCCUACAUCUUCUCUACAGACUUCGUAUCGCUCUUGCUCUUUCUCCUGGAGGUGGAAAUAGCUUCUCUUCAACAUCGCGCUUCCAUCUAGUUCUUUCAAAAACAAAGUCUCCAGCAUCCCAGUUUAAAGUCAAGUGACCAUAUUGUUGCAUCUGUCUACUGCCAGUUGUCAGGGGAUGUGGUAGGGAUGGGGAGGGAAAGGGGAUGUUUUUUGGGGGGUGGUACUGAGUCUGUACAGGAAAUUUGAAACAAAACCGCAACUUUGUCUGCUCCAAAUUGGGGAAAUACAAACUGAAAAUAAAUGAAAACAUUCAA